AGCAAAGUUUAAAGUCCACAUGUGAUUGCUGUUCUCAGUUCUUCACCUACUACUAUUAUUGUUAUUAUGCAGGGGGAGUCUAAGGACUUGUGACGAGCAGGAAUUUAUUUUGGAUACUGACUUGGAAAUGCUUAAUAGAGUUUUAUAUGGUAAUGACAACAUGCUGCUAAAUUGCUGAUGCAUUGAAGGUUUAUGAGGUUACCCCAACACAAUUGUAACAUAGACUUGACAAACUCAUACUGUGUUCAUUUUUUGUGCAAUACCAUAACACUGAAUAAGUUACAGCUUGUUUUCCAACAGACUCAUACAUAGGACCUUUAAGAUGACUAUAUUUCGUUGUCGAUACCCAGAUGUGAAGAUUCGAGAUGACGUCACCUAUCAUGACUAUGUCAUGGAGAAUCUUGACGAGUAUGGAGAUGACAUCUUGUUGGUUGAUGGAAUCACUGGAAGGUCCUAUACAGCUCGUCAGUUAAAGGCUCUUGUGCGUCGCGUUGGAAGUGCAUUGACUCGUAGAGGCUUUAAACGUAGAGAUGUGUUCUGUGUGUUUGCUCCGAAUCUACCCGAGUUUGCCAUUAUUCAGUUGGCUGUGAUUUCCAUUGGAGGAAUCCUUACAACAGCUAACCCACUGUACACACCAGGGGAGCUAUCAAGGCAGUUAGCUGAUUCUACAGCAAAGUACAUCAUCACAAUUCCUAUGUUUGCUGAUACUGUUAACAAGGCUGCUGAAAACUAUGGAAAACUACAGGCCAAGUAUGUAUUUGGGGAGGCAGAUGGAUUCAAACCAUUUACAGAACUGAUGCAAGAUGAUGGUUCAGCCUUCCCCACAAACCUCAAAUUUAACCCUAAAGAAGAUAUAGCACUUCUACCAUAUUCUAGUGGUACUACUGGGGUACCCAAAGGUGUAAUGUUGACCCAUUACAGUCUUGUGGCCAACUACACACAAAUUGACCACGCUCCUUUUCGGAACACAAGUUCAGUUAGAAGAUCUACCGUUCUUAUACUUCCCUUGUUCCACCUUUACGGCAUCAUGGUCAUUGCUGGCUCAAUAAGAAACGGAACUAAAGUUGUCACAUUGCCGCGUUUUGAACAAGAGCAGUAUUUACGAGCGGUUGAGAAAUAUAGGGCCUCCAGUUUGAACCUUGUGCCCCCACUGGUUUUAUUCCUCGCUAAGAGCCCUCUGGUGAGCAAUUAUGACUUGUCUUGUGUGGAGGAGUUGGGCUCAGGAGCUGCACCUUUGGGGAAAGAACUAACUGACGAGCUGAUCAAACGUUUAGGAGGCAACAAAACUCUACGACAAGGUUAUGGUUUGACGGAGACCAGUCCCGUGGUGACCACGAGUCCCCGUGAUAAGUUUAAAUAUGGGUCGGCUGGAAUGAUUAUACCAAAUACAGAGAUAAAGUUUGUAGACAUAAGCAAUGGAAGAGAACUUGGAGUCAAUGAGGACGGUGAACUGUGGUGCCGUGGACCACAGAACAUGAAGGGAUAUUGGAAUCGUCCAGAUUCUACCGCUGCCACGCUUGAUAAGAACGGAUGGCUACACACUGGUGAUAUUGGACACAUUGAUGAGGAUGGUUGUGUCUUCAUUGUUGAUCGAUUGAAAGAGCUUAUCAAAUAUAAAGGAUUUCAGGUACCACCAGCCGAAUUGGAGGCGUUGCUGAUAGCGUUUGAGGGGGUAGCAGACGUGGCCGUGAUUGGCGUACCCGAUCUGGAAGCUGGGGAACUACCACGUGCAUACAUUGUCAAGAAACCCGGGGCUCAACUAUCUGAAGAAACUGUGAAGAAGUUUAUAGCGAGGGAAUGCGCGCCACACAAACGCUUACGUGGAGGUGUUCGCUUUGUCAGCGAGAUCCCGAAAUCUCCAAGUGGGAAGAUUCUUCGACGUCUCCUGAGGGACCAAUUAAAGCAGGAAAUGAAGGCUAAAUUAUAAUGCCUCUAGUUAAGGAACAGAAUGAUAUUUUCACAAGUUUAACAGUUUUACAGCCUACAAGCGCAUCAACUGUUCAUGUCUACUUAUAUCAUGUCAACGGAAAACGCACAAAAAGCUGUCUGUGAGACAAUAAACCAAUCAAUAAGUGUGAUAAUCAAAAAUUAAUAUGAUAUGGAAAACCCGUAAUGCAAUAGCAUUUAAUUUGCACUGUGAUGUUGACAAAGACUAUUGAUUUGGACUUAAGUUAGUUAUACGCAUCAGAACUGAUCCGGUUCAAUAUUGUAAAAAUGUAUUUGCUCAAAUAGUUUUUAAAAAUAAAAGCACGAUUGUAAAUGUGGAUUAAGUUCAUAAUUUCAUCAAAGUGUUCAUAAAUUGAAUUUCAUC